GGCAUGUAACGGUUCGCCCUCUUCACGAGAAACUCUUCAAAAGACGCCGGCCUGCUGAAGUAGACAGAAUAGGCUGAUCUGUUAAUCGGUCGAGAAAACACGAGGCCGCAGACUUUUGCCUUUUUGGCCUGUCGCUAGCCGGUGAACCAGAGCUCGUCGGUUGUUGGGAAUUUCGGAAACGCGAAGCUCGGUACUUUGUACGGGGUGGCGGUAACGGCGCACAACGUGUGUGUGAGUGUGUGACAUACACGUGUCAUGUCAUGUGUGUUUCAGUUCGUGCGGUGCAGGCAUAUGUUGCGAUUUUAUUAGUGGUGGAUUUAGGGGUUCUUUUAAUAUGUAAAUAUGAUUUCAAAAAGACUUAUUCGAAAGACGUGAAUUAGUAAAUAAAAUAUGUCUUAAAGAAGAAAGAUGAGCGGGUUUCUACUGGAUCUUCUAUUGUUUGGGUUCAUUAUUAGAAGUUACCAUUGUGAAAUAAUUGAAAGAGUCGACGUAUUUGCUUUAUUGUCAGGAACCCUGAGAACCUACCAACGAGCAGGAUGCGAUGAUGAAAUAGUCAUAUUGAAAUGUCCACCAGGUACAAGCAUAUCUAUCGAAAUCGCACAAUAUGGAAAAUCGGCACCGUCGAAGUCACUUUGUAAACCGAGAGCGACCCCAUCGGCUAUUUCCAGAUCGUCAUACAACUACAAUGUUUCUUGUUUAUGGCCGAACGCUAUCCAGACUGUCGUGGAGGUCUGCCAGAAAAAACGCCAGUGCAAGUUCCAACCUAACCCGAAGAAUUUCGGUGGGGAUCCGUGUCCCGGGGUCAGGAAAUACGUCGAGGUUGCUUACAAAUGUCGGCCGUACGAAUUUCGAAGUAAAGUGGCCUGUCAAAAUGAACGAAUCCAGCUGAAGUGCAAUCCGAACUCAAGAGUAGCAGUGUAUAGCGCAAGUUUUGGAAGGACGGAAUACGAAAGCAUACAAUGUCCCCAACCCCAGGGCGUACCAGAAGAAACAUGCCUAGUUAGCUACGCCACUGAAACAGUCAUGCAACUCUGUCACGGGAAGAGAAAUUGUGAUCUUUCAGCCGAUAUCAGCACGUUUGGGAGUCCCUGCAAACCAGAAUCCCGAAUGUAUUUGAAAGUUGUUUACACAUGCGUACCAAGGAAAGUUCUGAAGGAACAGUACGAAGGCACUCUAGCACCUGACGAAAUCGAAGAAGAUUCGACAGCUGAUGAAGAUGAAGAUUUCGAAACUUACGACGCUGGAAACGAAUAUAUACGAGAAUCAGCAGCAUCUCCUCCUGCUCCGAAUAUUGAGGGCGUUGCCAAAGAUAAUUUUACCAAAGAUCUCAACGAUAUUAGCUCAAAAUCUCCCGCUCAUAAAUCAAACGGUCUGGACUUCGUCUCAGGCUCCGCUCACCACACCCCCCGUUCCCGCUUUAACCCCUUCGUCCGUUUGCGUCCACCCAAGCAGAAAACCAAAACUACCAAAGAUAUGCUAGGGGAUGAUGUCCCGGAUCCAAAUUGUACAAUAACGGUGUACGUCGGGACAACGGACCAGAAUGAGAAAACAGCAGUUAUCGGAUUUGUUUCUGAAUGGAUUAACGCCUACACGUUCGUUUCACAAAACCAAGAGCGCUUCUUUCUGUAUCUAAUCGUUAGUGUAGCAGCAGCGCUAGUAUUGCUGCUCAGCUUCUUGGUGGGCCGUCUUCUUCUCCAACGCCACAGAGCGAAGAAAGAGGCCAAAUUCCACGCGACAAACGUAUCAGACAACACAUUGCCCAACGGCUUUACAGACGACAUCAGCGAAGUAGACGCAGAUAUAGAUUUAACAACUCCUCUGCCAUGUCCUGAUGUACCAUCAGUUACUAUCCAUUCACCGCCAAUCGGAAGCAUCGCUGAAGUGGUCCGGUAUCCUCAUAUCCACACUCACAUCCCAGCCGGCACGCUUCGCAGACCCACUCUGAUCUUGGAGAGCGAUUUGCCACGGAGCCUCAGCACAGCCUCAAACAGCCACUAUUAUUACGGAUGACCCGAUUGCCCGGGACGCGGGUCGACCAUUCCACAGUCGCCUACGAGUUCCGCGUGCCCGGGCCAGCGCACGUACUGCUUCUAAAGCAAUACAUGGCCAAGUUCUAAUGCUGAUACCCGUGCCAUACUGUUGACUCUCAGUGCACGCUGUAAUUUCAAUGAACCAGACCAAAGAUACGAUCACCUCUUAAUAUUUAACACACUAUUUAUUGAUAUUUUAGGAGAAUUUUUUAGUAUAUCAUCGUGUAAGAUUCGUUUUACGUGCAGAUCGUGUGCUUGAAUUACACGAUUUUAUAUUGAAACCCAACAUCGAAGUGGCAAGCAUACCUCGAUUUUCUCGUUCUGACAAACUCAUAAUCCUAUUUAUUUCACAAAAAAAUUCUUAAUGUCUAUCUCAUGUUUGCCACUGUUGAAUAAAAAUUAGUUGUAAACUGUAAAGAUUUUAGACUGACUAUCUUGCUGAUACGAAAUUAUUUAAGUCAGUAUAAAAUAAAAUUAAUUAUUAAGUGUUUAACCCCAGUUUUGCUCGUUCAAAGCCAAUUUGUAUUCUAUUGUGUAGGAAAACAAUAAAUAAAUUAAUUUAUUCAUGUUAGGACGGAAAAUAUGCACCUAAUACGCUCUUAAUCCAUAGUCAGUAAAGGGCUCCUUCCAGAUAUCUUGUAAUUGUCUAAAGAACGUGUUGAUAUGAACAUAACUUUCUAUUUUCUUCUUCGUUCUUUGGAUGAAAUUGUAUUAAACUGGCAUUUAAGCUAUUCACAUGAUGUACAUGAUAAUGAAACGUUCACUUCAUUUUAGUGAUGUUUCACUCGAUUUUCUUUCUUAUUAUAAGCUUACUGUGUGUAUUUUUUUCUCAUCUGUCGCUUGUCUGUACCUAACUUCGAUUCAAUUCAGCUUAAUGCAUUUAUUGAUCACAUCUUCUUGUACACAAGUCAAUAAAUUACUGUUACGAAUCCACUAUGUCCCCUUCAAUUUUUGUUUAUCAAGUCAAUUGUGUUUUGGUACACAGUUCACAUUAUUGUGAACUUUGACACCCUAAGCAACUUUAUAUUUAAUAGAUAAUCUUGGCAUAAUUGGAUUGUUAACUGCACAAUUUCGUUUUAACUUUAAAACAUAUCACAUUGCCCUAACACAGAUUAU